CUUAGAAAAGGGUUGCAACGAAUGGGAAUGGAUAGCAACUUCUGGCAAAACAGUACACUUGACCGAUCAUAAGACCACUGUGAAUCAAUUUGAAAUGGUGUCAGAUCAUAUGAUAUUAUGGUAUGAUGGAGAGUAUUCGAACAAGAUAAUGGAAGCAAUCAAAGAGAGAAAGAGGGGCACCACUUGCAAUCCUAUCUUUAAAUUUGAGUUCUAUGCUCAUCAAACAGAGGAUAAUGAAGAUGUAGUGAUAAAGGGGUGUAGGAUCCGUUGGAUGCAUGUCAUCAAUGAUGAAGAAGAGAUUAGUCCAGAUGUCAUUGAUGAAGGAGAGAUUAUUCCUGAUGUCAUUAUUGAUGAGGGCCAUGAAUAUGAUGACUUGGAGUUGGAGGACCUUCAGAUAACUGGAGAAAGAGUGGAUGUACAUUGUUGUGCAUUGGAUAUUGUCAAUUGGUUCAAAAGAUUGUUGGUAAGUUACAUUGCCCAAUUAUAUUAGUUAAGCUUUUGUUUGUAUUUGAUGAAAUUAUUAUUUCUUGAGCAGCUUGAUUUUCAUAGUAUAAUUGAGUUUAUUUGUUUUAAUAUAUGGCCUGUGAUUAUAAUUGUACUUGUAGUCAUCGUAAUAUUUUUGUUGGAAAUUAAAAGAAUUGUAAAUUAAUUUGUUUUAUCAACAAUAAGUUAAUAUUUUUCUUUUUUAUUUUUAAAUUUUAUUUUCCGUCUCUUUUCUAUACUCAUUUUUAUUCCAUUGGCAGAUUAUUGAUUAGAAAAAGAUUAGUUCCCUAAUAAAACCAAUUGUUGAUAAAGUUGUAUUAGAUGGAAACUCCGGUAUAUACCACCAGUUUACAUAAUUUGACUUCAAUGUAAUUGUAACAUGCUUCAAAUAUGAUAUAAUAAAUAGAGUUGCAAUGGGCUAAAAUCUGAUAUAUUUUGAGAUGAAAUCAUUCUUUCUAAAAAUUUAAAUUCACAAAA